AUGGCCGGGAAUAUCCCACCAUCAUCAUCAGCACACAACCCAGCCGAAAACAACCAGCACAUCGAAGCAGAACCAUCAACGCUGGGUGCGAUCAUCCAGGCCCUGCUACCCAUCCUACAUAUCUGGCCAGAAUACCUUGCUGGCACUCUACCAGACCCUCAGCGAACUCGCGCAGAAAGCGGAUACCCCCCUGACCGACCCCACCAGCCAACUGCUCAACUCCCCAGUCGGUCAGCUUGCACCCUGUCUGCUCUCCAACAAAGAGCGAAUGUUGUUGACGAUUGUCCGAUUUCAGAACGACAUGAUCAUUUGGACCGAUUGAAGCUCGAAAAGGAGCGGAUCGAUGUCGAGAAAAAGCUCAGCGAAAGCUCGAAAGAACGGCCCGAACAGAUCGAACAUCUGCGCAACCAGGCCCGGCUUACAUCCAUCGAAUAUCACGAUAGUCUCAAACGAAAUCAGGAAAUCUUGCAGAGUGACGCCCAAAUCGAUCCCCUGAAAACUCAGCUCAAAGCCGCCCUUCUGGCUCGGGACUCGCAGACGGACUCCAUCGCCAGCUUAAAACAACCACUGAACGUGCGCAAAGAAGGCGUCGGCUACUUUGCCAAUUUCUCACCGAAACCGCCCACCGACUCGUCUCAACUACCGGCCACACCCACAACGACGAGGAACCCGGCCCUUGGAUUCGAUGCUGCCCAGCCCGAUCUCUCGACCCAUCAUCUGGACAACCCGGCGCUCGACGACGAAGCGCAACUCAACUUCGAGUAUCUCCGAAACACACUCCUCCAGUUCCUCGAACACAAAGAAACGCGCGGACAUCCUCUCCCUCUCUCUCCACAGAUGCCGUCUUUUGGAAAGGGAUCCUGA